AUGACAUUCCAGAGCGAAAUCCAUACAUUUUACUCAGGCCGGGCCCAACCCGAAUCCUCCUCCUCAUCCACAUUCACUACAAUCGAUCCGAGCACGGCACAGCCACUCGCAACGGUCCACACUACUACCACCAAACAAUUAGACAACGCAGUUGCUUCAGCCCACGCAGCUUUUCCAUCAUGGUCUCAAACCCCGCCGUCACGACGGGCGGCCAUCUUGCUACGAGCCGCUGCGAUCCUCCGCGAGCGCAAUGACGAGCUGGCCCGUAUUGAGACUCUGGAUACGGGCAAGCCGUGGUCAGAGACAUCAACAGUUGACAUCGCGACCGGCGCCGAUGUUCUCGAGUACUACGCCCAUUUCGUGGCCUGCGCUCUGCCAGGACGACACUUGUCCCUGGGACCGAACCGGUAUUGCUCGACGACUUAUGAGCCGCUUGGAGUUUGUGCUGGAAUCGGAGCUUGGAAUUAUCCUAUACAAAUUGCGCUGUGGAAAUCGGCUCCCUGCCUGGCGGCGGGGAAUUGCAUGAUAUAUAAACCGAGUGAGGUGACGCCUCUUCACGGUAAUGCCCUCGCCCAGAUCUAUAUUGAAGCCGGUGUACCGCCGGGCGUAUUUAAUGUCGUUUAUGGUGACGGCCCGGAUGUUGGUGCCUCGCUGGUUGCUCACGAGGGCAUCGCCAAGGUGAGUUUCACAGGGCAGGUCAGCACUGGCAGCAUGGUCGCUUCGCGGGCGGCUAAGGGAAUGAAAGGGAUUACAAUGGAGCUGGGAGGGAAGAGCCCACUCCUGAUACUCCCCGAUGCGGAUAUUGAGGAGGCCGUCGAUAUCGCCAUGGCAGCCAACUUUUUUUCAACCGGCCAGGUUUGCACAAAUGGAACGCGUGUCUUUGUACCUGAUACCCUGCAAGAGCGGUUCGAGCAGACUUUGAUUAAACGCUGUCGGGAACGAAUAAUCAUGGGCCGACCAAUGGAGGUGGAAACCAACUUUGGACCUGUCGUUAGCAGUGCGCACAGAGGAAAGGUCAACAUGUAUAUCGAGCAUGGGCGCAAGGUUGAUGCAGCACGCGUGUUGUACGAUGGGGCAGUUGAUAUCCAGAAAGGGUUUCCGUCGCAGGACGGCUUCUGGGUGCCCCCGGUUAUAUUCACGGACUGCACCGAUGAUAUGCGGAUUACACGAGAGGAGAUAUUCGGUCCGGUUAUGAGUAUCCUACCGUACGAUACGGCAUCCCACGCAGACGAGGGCUGGUUGGAUGAUCUCAUACGACGGGCGAACAACACUGUGACGGGUCUUGCUGCAGGUGUAGCUUCAGCCGACAUCGGCCUUGCUGAACGGGUUAUUCAGCGUCUGGAUGCUGGUAUCUGCUGGAUUAACACUUGGGGUGAAAGUCCGGCAGAAAUGCCUGUCGGUGGCUGGAAGAUGAGCGGUAUUGGGGUGGAAAAUGGACCUGAAGGAAUUCUGGCGUAUCUCCGAACUAAGAGUACGUUGGUCCAGCGUGGUAAAGGGGCAUGCAGUGACACGUUCUCAAAUAUCAUAAAAAGUAGUUAG